AUGGCGACGUCCCACAUUCUUGGAGGACCUCCAUCAAACCUUUUGGAGCUCCACAUUGUAAUUCUCUCUGCUAAGCAUCUCAAGAAUGUUAAUUGGCGUCACGGCGACCUCAAACCCUACGUCCUCUUCUGCCUCGAACCUCGCCGUCGAUUCGCCACUAAAACUGAUGAGUCUGGAUCAGUUUGCCCCGUCUGGAACGAACGCUUUACUCUUCCCAUCAAUCUUCCCUUCCAAGACUCUCUUCUCACUCUCGAUAUCUACCACUCUAAACCCUCCGAAACCGUUAAGCCUCUCGUCGGAAACCUACAGUUUCCUCUCAAGGAAUUAUCUGUUUACGGCGAUUUUAGUAUCAGGACACUUGAGCUACGUCGUCCCUCCGGUCGUAUCCAAGGUAAAAUCCGGUUGAAGCUCGCUAUUCGUGAACGUUUGCCAUUGCCGGAUUAUUACUCCAGUGCCCCGCCGCCGCCGCCGCCUCCGCCUCCGUCGCGUUACAUUCCUUUUCUGCCUACUCCACCGCUGCCUCUGUAUCCUUCCGGCAGUUACUCAGACCCUUAUUCUGGUAAUUACUCGGGAUACUAUUCUCACCCUCCACCAGUUCCUUGGCCUUUAUUCGAUCGUGUAUCUGCUUAUGGUGGGUUGAGUGGGCAUUCAGCGGCAUCCUACGAUCGCACUGGUUUGGCUGUUGGAGGUGUUGCAGGGGCUUUGGAAAGGCUUGCUUUGGAAGAACGGAUGAAGUACGAGGAUGAGAGGAUGCCGAGGGUUGCAGCAGAGAGGUUCCAGAACGACUUGUAUACCGGGGAAGAUUACAGUGAGUACCCUGUUGAUUACUGAGUCUCCUAGGUUCAGUGGUUUCUAAUUUUAGGGUUUAGUGUUUUCUGAGAGGGUGAGGUCGAUUG